AUGCUUGUAAGGAAGGCCGUAUCAGCACUGCAGGAAUCUGUGGGUGCUGGUGAUGGCAGCAUUAGUAGCAAUAAUAAUAACAACAACACCAACAACACCAAUAGCAACAUCAAUAACAAAGACAGCAACGACAAUACUGGCAAUAACGAUAGUAGUAAAAAACCAUCUGCAGUAAACGAUGCACCGUUGUCAUUACCACACCCUUCCCCUGUAGCUCCCGCUGCUCCCGCUGCUGCUGCUGCUGUGUGUGUUCAACCACCGGAUGUUUUUGCGAACAGUAUCGCCUCAUGCACACUAUCAGUAGAUUUAAGUACCACAGCGGAGAUGCAAGAGCCUCGGCGUAUACAUUUACUGAGUGAAUUUGAGCGAUUGUACCGAAUACGCAAGCUGCUUGGCCGCGGGAGUUAUGGAGUUGUUGUGGAAGUCGUUCAUCGCGUUACGAGGCAGCGGAAAGCGGCAAAAUUUGUUUUCCGCAAGGAAACGCAACAUAGUGCUCAGAAGAACAAGGAAAGAGACUGUGAUGGAACCACUAUCGCCCCAACAAUAGCUACCACAACAGUAGAGCCUAAUAACACAACAAGACCGGAUGCAGCAGUGCGUGCGAUAGGUGAUGAUACCGCACCGCAAAGGUUUUCGGAUGGGCUUAUUAAAGAAAUCGCCAUUGCGCUUACAGUAGAUCAUCCAAAUUUGGUCUCCGCUAGUGAUGUCUUUGUACAUGACCCUGCAGAACUGCAACACCGUCUGCAGCGGUACGCACCACGACUGAGAUGUACCGUAUCCCACAGCACGAGACCAGUUUUAGACGAGAGAGGAAAUAAUAAUAAUAAUCAAAAGCGCAACGGAAGUGCAAAGGGAAUUCCACAUAAGACAUGGAGACGAUCUCUAUUUUGUGGUGUUAAUGAUUCUCCUGUGACUCUGGAGUGUAGAUCUCGAGAGUCUGGUGUUGGUCCUUCACAACAGGUUCCUGGUGUUAGUACUGUUGUGCCAGACCCACGCACGUCACUUGAUGGCAACGCAGAUUCCACACGUAAAACUAUUGAGGAAGUACGAUUGUUGUUACGAGAAGGAAAGAUUCAGUGUAUUCUUGUGAUGGAACUAUUAGGUGGAGGAGAUCUCUUCACACUGAUCUCUCGUAAGCCACUGGAUGAGGUAAAAGCAGCAACAUACAUGUUAGAUCUUUUGCUCGCUCUGGAACAUCUUCAUAGUCGUCGAAUUGUACAUCGUGAUGUAAAACUUGAAAAUCUAGUUCUUGAUAGUAAUAAUAAGGCCCAUCUUAUUGAUUACGGAUUCUGUGAAAAAUUGCGACGACUUAGUGAUAGUGGUGCAGAGACUGAUAGUAACUCUCAUUGGGGAAAGGAGAAGCUACUAAGUGAAUUUUGUGGUUCUCACCACUAUGUAGCCCCGGAGAUUGUUCGUGCUGCAGUCCAACUAAAACAACAGAUGAAGUUAACAGAAUCAAAGGAAAACAAUUCGGUUGCACGUGUGAAACUUCCACCGAUUUCUCCUCUUCCAAGAAAAUCUUUGGAGGGGGCUGUAGAUACUGUCAAUACUCCUUCUGAAGAAAAUCAUGAAAGUAGAGGAAAAUGGGCAGGAAAAACGGGAAAAAGUCUAAAUCCGCUUUUGAUGUCAAGACAUGUGGGUUAUGACACCUCUGUUGAUAUGUGGUCAGCAGGUGUAGCGAUGUUUGUUCUCUUACAUUCUGCUUUUCCUUUUCAUGAUGAACGCCGCAGUAAAUUACUCAAAAUGAUUAUGACUGGACAACAACAAGUAGGACCAUCACCGUUACUUAGUAGUGAGGCGAAAGAUCUCCUGCGACAGUUGCUUACACGUGAUGUGCGACGUCGACUGACUGCAUCUGAGGCUUUGCGGCAUCCCUGGUUUAAAAAAGCAGCCGAUCGAAAAAAGAGAUAG